UGGGAUUCCAUCAAUGAGAUGGACGAGUUCUUCACCCCAAUACACACCUACCAAGUGUGCAACGUCAUGACCCCGAACCAGAACAACUGGCUGCGGACAAACUGGGUCCAAAGAGACGGCGCCCGGCGCGUGUACGCCGAGAUCAAGUUCACUCUGCGAGACUGCAACAGCAUGCCGGGGGUGCUGGGCACGUGUAAGGAGACGUUUAACCUCUACUACAUGGAGAGUGACCGGGACAUGGGGACCAGCACACGCGAGGGCCAGUUCCUGAAGAUUGACACCAUCGCCGCUGACGAGAGCUUCACCAGUGUGGACCUCGGUGUUCGGAGGCUGAAGCUCAAUACGGAGGUUCGAGGGGUUGGCCCUUUAAGCAGGCGGGGCUUUUAUUUGGCAUUCCAGGAUAUGGGGGCGUGUAUCGCCGUGGUGUCAGUGCGCGUCUACUACAAGAAGUGCCCCUCCAUGGUGAGGAACCUGGCGGCCUUCUCAGAGGCUGUGACUGGGGCCGAUUCAUCCUCCUUGGUAGAGGUCCGGGGACAAUGUGUGGGCCAUUCAGAGGAGAGAGACACCCCAAAAAUGUACUGCAGUGCUGAAGGGGCGUGGCUUGUACCCAUCGGGAAGUGCGUGUGUAACGCAGGAUUUGAGGAACGCAGUGACUCCUGCGUAG